CGCUGCUGUGUGUGGGCCUUGCUGGCUCUUUGGAUGUGCCUGCUGGCCACCGGGGCCACCGGUGAGUCCAUGAUCGAGGUGGACGAGAACGGGGACGAGUACGAGCUGAAGCGAUUCUACAUCCAGGGUCGUCAGCUGCGGGGCGAUGGCAGCCAGUCGCAGUGCGUGGUGACCAGGAGGAAGCGGUCGGGUCGUGGCAUUCAGUCGGGAUCAGUGGCCCCAGGAUCGGUGUCGGUUAGUUCCCAGCCCCUGACGGUGGAGAGUCUGCCAGCCAAGGAGCAUCGCGAAGGAGGAGCCGUUCUGCAGGAGGUGGAGAAUAGCAAUAGGCGCUUUGUGGCCCUAACGGGUGUUCACCUGGAGUCCCCUGUCCACCAACAAGAUGACCACGAUGCGGAAGAGAACGAUGAUGAUGAUGAUCAGGAGGAUGAUGAGGUGGAAGAGCAGUCUUCUAAGUCCCAGUCAAACUAUGUGCCCGCCGCCUUGGCCUUGCCCCUGCAAAGCCAGACCAGUGCUGCCCAUCUCAACCAGGGCGUCAGUGUGGUAGCCAAUGCGGCCAGUCAUGCCAAUGUGGGCGAGGAUGCCGGCAUUGUGGUGGUCCAGUCGCAUCAGCCACCCAAGGUCAAUCCUGAUACCCAUGCCGUCUUUGAGUUGAAGCCCGUUCAGUCGGAUGUGGACCAUCACCACUCGUCGGUGGGCUUCUAUCCCUUCGUGCAGCCCUGGGAGGUGGUGGAUCAGCAUGAGGAUGACUACGAUGAGGAUGAUUACGAUGAGGAGGACUACGAUGACUUCUACUACGGCGGCGGUGGCUUCUACAGGGAUCCACCUGGAUUCCAUGGUCUUGGCGCCUACGAAGAGGAGAUCAUAUCCGAGGACCAGCCCAUCUCAACGGUGGCCAGCUGGGUCACUGGCGAGGAUGAUAGCGAUAUUCGUCCUGUCGUCAACAAGCGUCCCAAUCAGAAGAACAAGAACAAGAACCAAAAGAUUAAGAACCAGAAGAAUCAAAACCAGAAGAAUCAAAACCAGAAGAACAAGCGCAAGCAGGAGGCUCAAGGUGAAGAGCAGCCUGCCAAGAGGAAGCAGAAAAAGCCGCUGCAGGAUAAAGGCCAGAAGAAGAAACAGGAUAAGGAUCAAAAGAAGAAGAAGCCUGAAGAGAGUCCGGAUAAUCAGGAGAUGGAUGAACUUACCCCUAUUGAUGUGAUCAAGAAGCCAGUGGCUAUGGAAUCGACUUCAGCAGUUGCUGCCUCUUCUUCGUCUACAAGCACUAGCGCUAGCAAUUCUUCGGCCAGCAAUUCUACAGAUCAGAAGAAAAAGAAGAAGAAGAAACAACCCAGCAGCACCAGCAGCAGCAGUCUCAGCCAGCGUAAAACCAAGAAGAAGAAGAAGCAGUCUAGCAGCAGCAACAUCUCCAGCAGCAACAGCAACAGACGUCGCCGACCCAGCAGCAACAUCGGCUCUUCUUCCGGUUCUUCCGGCAGCAGUUCCUCCAUUGGAGGCUAUCGUCGCCGUCGUCCGCAGCAGCAGUUGCAGCAGCAACGUCGCCGCAAGACGCAACAGCAGCAAAAGCGUCGCCGCCAGCAGCAACAACAGAAGCGUCGCCGCCAGCAACAACAGAAACGCCGGCGAUUGCAGAACAACAAUCGGCAAUUCUACGGCGAUGAGCCCAUCAUCAAUUGCAUCUACAUCAACAAGGAUCCACCGACCACCACCACGGCACGUCCCUUCUGGAACAUCCUGGGCCGCCAAUCGGAAACGGAGUCGUCAGCGAAAUCGGUGAAUCCCGUACCGGAGUCUUCUGCCGCCGAAGAAUCCCAAGUGGAUCCCGUGGCCCAGCAGGCGGUUCUUCAGGCCGUGCGUCGCAACUUCGGCGAAUUCGGUGGACGUAAGCGCACCAAUCUGCGAUUCGUCUCCUAG